AUGCCGACAAUGCCAACAAUGCCCUCCCGGCAACUCCUUUCAACCCUAAUAACCUCCCUCACCAACACCCGCUGGACCCUAACCCGAACUCUCCGGAGCGAAAACCCCCUGGAUCUAAACGGCGAGCUUCGCGGGACCGCAACCUUCACCCCCCAACCCCCCACCACCACAGCCGACCGCGACUGGCUGUAUUGCGAAGAAGGCGAGAUCCCUAGCAAUGUCGGAGGCCCCUUACCAGCGGGACUACGUUGGACAAAGAAGUACAUAUGGCGCCUAGGCAGCGACAGCGGACACGUCAGCGUCUGGUUCGUGAAAGUCGCGUCGGGCCCGGAAGAAGCAGACUACUUAUUCCACGACUUCGACUUUGAUUCGGGUUCGAGUUCGCCGCUAGGGUCGGAAUCUGGGUCUGCGCAGAAGGAUCCCGGCGAAUUCGUCGCGCCGCCCGUGCCGCCCGCUGUGUCAACCCCCGGCAAUGAGAUGGAGACUACUGUGCUUAAUGCUAGGGGCAACCAUCUCUGUAUCAACGAUAUGUAUCGCACGGCAUAUGCGUUUCGCAUUGAGCCUGAUACCGGGGAGGUGCUUAGCUGGGCUAGUCGGCAUGUUGUGCGCGGCCCGAAGAAGGGGCAGGAUAUUGUUAAUCGGUACGAGAAGGAGGCAUGA